AAUAGUGACAGCAUUUGUACAAGGUUAGGUUAUAAUCUGUUACAGUGAAUGUUUAUACAUAUUGUUUAUUCCGGUAUUAAAUUUCUUAACAUUAAACAAAUCAAAAAGAUAUUAUAUUUUUAGCAUAUAAUGGGUAAAAAGAAAAAGGGAAAAAAUAAUAAGAUAGAUAUUUCCGUAGUAGAGAAAGCACCUGUGGGAUUCGAUGCAUUUAUUCCAGAGGUUACGAUCAUUUUAACAGAGAGUUCUAUGAAUCUUACCAAGUUACAGAAAAUAGUAGAUCAAUAUCGACCUUUCUAUUAUCAUAAAUUUUCAAUAUUGAAUGCUGAGACUUAUUCUAAAAGCUACAUUUUAAACGCAAUCUCUGAAUUUGUUAAACCUUCCACGGUUCGACCAAUCUAUUAUAAUAAAAACGGUUCAACAGUAUAUUUUCUUGCGAAUAACUGUUUGAAGGUCAUAAUGAAAAUAAUUAGUAAUAAGUUUAAAGUACCACAUUCCACAGAUACAGCUAAAGAAUUUGAAUUGGCUAUCUACGAGAACUGUAUGGCACCUGAAGAUGUACCACAUAUAGAUACAGAUAAAAAUAUUAAUCAAGUUUUGAUAAGACUGUAUGAUCGCAAUUUGUGUUGUCUUAAUUUAUCCAAUUUUGUCAAUAAUGACGAUUUAAUUGAAUAUUGUCCUUUAACUGAUAAACAAAUAUUCAAGCAAGUAAUGAAGCAAGCUGCAGUAUUAAAACCAAAUGAGGUUAAUUUAAGUCAAAAUUCUAUCAAAGAUACAUUUAGUAUACACUAUUUAGAAGACACUUUAAUGGUAUUAGAUAUAAGUUCUAAUAAUCUAGAGAGCAUGUCAUCUUUGAAUGCAUUACAAGGAUUCACUAAGUUGAAAGUGUUGAACUUAACAGACAAUCCGCUUUGUCAGAAUUAUGAUUCAUUUAAUUAUGUUAUGGAUGUGAAAAAAUACUGUCCUAGCUUACAGAUAUUGGAUGGAAAGAAUAUUGUAAUUCCGGACUUUGUAAAAAAUUUCGUUUGUACACCAGACGCACAAUAUUUGGCCACUCAGUUUCUUGAACAUUUCUUUACAAUCUAUGAUUCCUCUGAUCGAAUUGAUUUAGUCCAUUUGUAUCAUACCCAUGCAAUUUUUUCAGUAACUUCAAGAACCAUUCCCCAUCAGAGUAACUCCAAGAUGGUAAAGUUAGGUCACUAUGGAUCAAAGAACCCAUAUGCGGUCUAUGGUAUAGAAGAAAUCAUGAAACUGUUUCAGGAAUUUCCAAAAAGUUACCAUGAUCCAUAUCCUAUGGUUUGUGAUGUAACUUUGUUUGAUAACACCAACGCCCACCUCGUUGUCACAGGGAUUUUUAGAGAAUUCAAACAAAUUUUAUCUUUUUGUCGAAGUUUUUAUUUUCGCCAUUCAAAUAACGAGUUUAAAAUUAUAAACGAACAACUUCACGUUAGUAACGCACUAGAUUACCAAAUGGGAUGGAGUUUCAGUUUCCCUGUAGAUAUGAAGUACUUUGGAAACCCAUUACCUUACUAUAAAGAAGAGUUUAGACAGUUUGAGACAGCGAUGCAAAAAUUGACCAACAUGAAUUUAGAAUACUGCCAAAAGUAUCUGGUGUAUUGCAACUACGACUUGAAGAAAGCGCUUACACUGUUUUCAGAAUUAUAUAUUACUAAUGACGUGCCCAAGGAAGCUUUCGAAAUAGAGAAGUCAAAAUCAUCAAAUAAUUUAGAUACUGGUAUUUGUGAAGCUCUCAAGGAGAAAGUGCUUCAGAGACACGGCAGUAUUUCUUCGAAAACUAUUUGGGAUACUCUUAACAAUGACCGAAUAGAUAAUGAAAACUACCCUCCAAUAUCAAUAAAUAAAAGUAUUCUUAGGAUGUAUAAAAAACCAGAAAUUUUAGUGAAUUAUGAAGAUUAUCCCAUACUGCAGGAUUCAACAGAUGUAAAACAAAAUUUCCGAGAUUAUUUCAGCAAGAAACUUCAAACGUCUCGUCAAUCGUUUCAAAGUCGAGAAGAAGAAACAAAUAAAAAUGGGAAAACUCCAAGACCAACCUCUUCAGAUUUACCUCAGCCUUCUAAGCCAUUGGAUGUAUCCGUUUCCAAGACAUCCCAUGCAAACUCUUUACUUGAUUUGGCAAAUAAGAUCGCACGUAAUAAGGAAUUCGUUGCGAUGCAGUUGAAAAAGAUGAAUGAAUCAACACAACAGAUGCCUCAAAGUUCAUCAGCGUUAUCAUUUGCCCCGCCCGAUUCACAACAACUCUCCACAAUUCCUGUUCGUACCCCGCAAACCCGCCCAACAGCUGCAACGUUCUUCAAUUCCUCUAAAUCGUCCUGUAUUAAUUUCCCAGGGACAAGUGACUAUAUGACAGAAGUCAAAAAACCGAGAGUAUCUCAACUGGUGAACAUUCCACUAGUCCCCAAAACAAACUUAAUUUCAAAACCAACUCACGAUAAAAUUGUAAAUAAUUCGGAUUCUGCUGACGAAACCCAAAAUAAUGUACCCGUUGAUGUUCCUGUUACCGAAACUCUCAAUACAGAUACAAUUACAAAACUCCGAGAAAACCUGCAGAAGAAAAAAGAAAAACUAAAAAUCAUGAAAAAUAAAUUGGAACUAAGUCAUAAGAAACAAAUUGUAGAAGCCAAGAAAAAUGAAACAGCUAUAGUUCAGAGUACUUUUCCGAGCAUUAAUAUGGAAACUAAUGUAGACAAAGACAGGCUAUGUGAAAUCGAAUCAGUAGACGAUAAAAAUGAAACAAAUUCCAGCGAGAAAAAAAUUAUUUUAGAUUCUAAAAAGACAGAUGAUUUUUCGGAAUCUGCAAAUUCUAAUAAUAAGAAAAGUCCAAGCAAAAUUGACACUCCAAAUAAGACCAGAAAAUUUCCCAAAGAUAAAAUGGGUACUGAUGACAAACAAUCUCGUCCUAUUAUUGAAAGACCUGGAAUUGAAACAUCUAUAAAAGAUAAUAACAUCAGAAGAAUAACUACCAUUACAAAUAAACACACUGAAAAAGUGAAAUGUGGCGAAUCUGGAUCAACUCCUGAAAAUGAAGUAACAGUUGUUGUUAAAGAUGACGAAAAAUUUACUGGAGAAAUUGAAACAAAAACCACAACAGAGAAAAUAUCUCAUCCAGAAGGUUGUCAAAGAGAUACUAAUUUAGAAGUGGAUAACAACACAAAUAAGCAAGAUGAAUUAGAUGAAACGAAUACUGUCAAAUUACCAGACUUGUCAUCGCCAUCCAAAGAAUUGACUGUUUCAACUUUUCUCAAACCACAAAAAAAUCCGGAUGAAAAGAAAAGAGGACAGAAACGAAAGCUGACUUCUGAUAAGACUAAAGUAGAAUAUCCAGAAUACUCUCAAAAUCUAAUUGUUCGCUUAUGCAACUUAUCAGCAUCUAAAUUGAAGAGCGAUAUAUUGGAAUCGUCUUCAUCACAAGUAGUUGUCCAAAGAUCAGAUAAUAUUGAUGCUCCAGUUAAUUCUUUAGAUUCAAAUGGUAUCCACAAAAAUGACUCCUCUAAUGAGGAAUUGAUGGACACGUUGGAAGAAAUUCAACCGGUUGUAAUACCACAAAAUAAACCUAAACUUACAUUAUUAAAAUCAAGUGAUAUGAAAUUGAAAUUAAAAUCUUCUGAUGUAGACAGAUGCGAGCCUGAAGGAACUGAAUUUGAAGAUGAUAAAACAAUUAAUGAAAUAGCUGAUUCCAAAAAUAAAAGGAAAAAUAUUGUUGUGAAUAUAACUAGAAUGGUAAUAAACACGAACGAAAUGAUAGAAUCUCCAAGUACUGGACAGAAAAGGGAUCCGGAAGUAGUUUCAAUCACACCUGCCAAAACUAAACCCGCCAUUAAAAAAGAAUCUCCAACUUCUAGUGUAGAUAAUGUUGAAGGUGAUAAAUCGAUAGCAACAGAUGCAAAAAAAGAAAAUGAGGAAUGCAAUAAAGUAAAACGCGCUGAAGAGAAAAUGGAAUCUGAUCAAAAUAUUGUGCAAGAAAAUGUCGAGAAGAAUGAUCUCAAAUCGAAGAUAAAACUAGAAUCCAUGUUCAAGCUUGACGAAAACGACGAGGACGAUGACGUUCCACUAAUUUUUUUGAACAUCGAAAGUGACAACGACGAUUAACACAUCCAAUAAUUGUAAUAUUUUUCUUUGGACAUCUCUUUGGAAAUAUUAUUUAUUAUUCAACACCAAAAGUUGAAAAUGUAUGUGUAACUCAUGUUGUAACAUUAAAGAAUAUGAAAAAAUGUCCUCGUUCAUAAUAGA